AUGUUCAAGAAAGGCAAGCAGGCCUUGCUCCGCAGAGGAAAACAAAAUGAAAAAGAACCUGAACAUCUGAAUCAUUCUCAGAAAGCAAGCUCAAACGAUUCUUCCCACCACGACUCGUCUGAGCAUUCAGACAAACAAUCAGCUGAUCAUUUUGCUGAUCAUGGAACUCCAAACGAUGGCAUCCAGCCCUCUCCCAGUCCUGAAGAAAGUGAUUUUCGUUGGAGUAUCAAGCCUGAUGCAAGACUAUCCGAUGGAGCAAUCGGAAUGAAAUCCAAAAAGCAAAAUACCGCACGAAACAACAAGAUGACUAUGUUGGGAGCCACCCCUGAGGGGCGACCCCAUAAUUCUAGUGAUGAUUCUGGUGACGAUCCAUACCUUACAAGCGACGACGACAAUAUGCAUUUAGGUGCUCCACUGGCGAAUCAUGAAGAGGUUCCCACGGAAGAAGAUCCAACUCCUGUUCCCAUUGAAGAAGAAGAACCAACUACUGUUCCUAUUGAAGAAUCCCCAACCAGCGAAGAUUCCAUUCAAAAGGAAGAAAUGGCUCCAAAAAAACGGAAGAAAAAGAAAAAGUCAGGAAUUAGCACUUCGUCUAGGUCUUCUGGUGGUUCUAAGAAGAGAAGUGAGGAUGUAGGUAUUAGCAAUUCCAGUAGAUCGACGAAAUCCAAGAAGGCCAAGACCAAGAAAUUAAAGAAAGAUGGUGUCAAAAAGACAAAGAAAAAGAAGAAAAAGGCUGGCGAAGAUAGCGAAGGGCUCGAGGUCGAAGCACCAAAAAAGAAGUCAAGCCUCAAAGAUCGUUUCCGAGCCUCACUUGCGAUGAUUGGUGGUGGCAGUGCGGCGCAAACGAAGGAUCUCGACAAGGAAAUUAUUGCGGCCAUUGAAGAAGAUGGUAGCGAACAAGUUGAAGACAAUGACACCCCUGACUCUCCGCUUGUUGAUUCUACUUCUGUAGAGCCUGAGACCAUCACGGAGAAAGAACAGUCAUCUCCGUCCGUUGAAUCUGAAACUGUCACUGAAAAAGAAAAGCAAGUGUCCAGGCUUACUGAUCUGGUGAAAGGAGGAGGAGCACCCGCCAAUGGCGAAAUAGCCCCCAAAGAGCAAAUCCGCGAAGGUGCUAAGAGGAUGAAGGCUAUGCAGACCCUCCGUUCAUGCGCCGUAGAUACCCAUUUUUCGGCUGCUUUCAGCUCGGAGCCUGACAAGUCGGUGAGUGCAGGACUCAUGAGCGAAUCUGAUAAGGAUACUGUCGACAAAAUGUUGGCCGAGCUGCGACAGUACGAAAUACAACUCGAACAGGAACGAAACCAGCUAAUUGCAGAUCGAGAUAUGUUGCAACUCCAGCAGGAAUCAGUUGAACACUUGCUAGAAGAGGAGACCCAAAAGGCCCAGCAGCUAGAAGCAAGAGUAUCGGAACUAGAGAAUAUUUUGGAGAGUGAAGUCUACCGAAAGGAGAACGAAGAACUUAUGAUGAAGGUUCAGUUGAUGGAGACUGAGCUUAAAAGACAAGAAGAUUCAUUGGCCAAAAUGGUUGCUGAUAAACAAGAGGUCAUGAAGCGGCAAAAUUCGACUUCUACCGAACGAACAUCCUCCAUUGUUAGCAAUUGGGAUUCUGCUGAUCUUAUUCUUGACGGGAGUGAAGUGCAGUCUGAAAAACGCAGCAGCAGCUUAAUGACCGUUCCGGGUGACGCCAAACUUCAAGGAGAGCUUCUUCAACUGCGAUCCUCCUUGAACCACAAGGAUAAUGCCUUGGAAGAGCAGGCCAAGGAGAUCGCCAAGCUAAAGGAACAGCUGGAACAGUCAGACGAAAAUCAGAAGUUGAGCCAAGUGGAGGCUGCAUGCGAGGAAUUUCGCAAUGAGAGUAAGGAAAAUCGAUCCGAAGUGGAGCGACUGAAGAAGCAACUUGCCAAAGUCGAAGCUGAAAAACAAGCAGAGAUAAUCAAGGGAGAACGAUGGAAACAAUUGGAAGAAGAAAAGACAAAGGCCCUGAGAGAAGCUGAAUAUGAAAAGAACGAAGCUCUGAAGAAGUUGGACACGCAUCUUCUUCUCAACCUCAAAACUACCAAGACAAGAGAGAGCACGAUCAACAAUGUGCUCGAUAUUGGUACUCCUGCUCAAUAUGCAACCACAACACCCACCGAAAUUAUUGAAGAGACUGACGAAAUCGAAGAAAGCGAAUUCAAUGAUUCAGAAAAGCAGGAGAAGACGAAUUGGUUUGGACGUCGUGGAAAGGAAGUCGAAGAAUUGAAAGGAAUAAAAAAGAAGAGACUGUCGAUAGAAGAGGCAGAGGAGUUGAACUGGUUUGGAUUCGGUGGUGAUGGCGACGAUAAAGUGCAGGAGAAGGACGAUAAUGCUGCGAGUGGAUGGUUUGGAUUUGGUGGAAAAGAGAAGAAAGAUGACAGAAAUGAAAAUUCGGGCUUUUUUGGAUUUGGCAAGAAGGGCAACAGUGAACAAGUUAUCGCUGCCUAG